UAAUGAACAAUUUGCAACGUUUAAGGAUUGUAGUUUAGCCGUUCCACCAGAGUACUCAAAAGACCGUUUGUAUCAACUAAAACGGACUACAAGUCCCAAGCUGCUAAGUAACGUUGUUAUAGUCAUCGUUUUACUCGAUGCGAGAAAAGACAUCGGUGCCUCUGAUAUGUUGUUAAAUUCCACGAUAGAAAAACACGGCUGAUUAAAAAACGUUGACGGUUACUGUAAUGAUUUAUCAUCAUGGAGGUGAUCGAGACAAUUGUGAUCCAAAGUACUGAGGUGGCAGAAAAGGAAACGGUUGUGUCCAGCGUGGACAGCGAUCAAACUAAAGCAGAAUUCAUAUGGACACUGCAGGCCACAUGGCACCUGGUCAACACCAGACUAGAAAUGGACCAGGCUUUUGAUCAGCCAGUAUGCAAGAAAAAGAAACUCUGGGAGUCGGUGGCAGAGAAGGUGACCACCAAACUGAAAGAGUCGGAGGCCACCGAUGUCACCGUGAAGGCAUACGAGUGUGACCUCAAGUGGAGAAACAUGUUGGCCACAUACAGGAAAAACUCAGAGAGGGCCAAGAGGCUGGGGGCGGCCAGCGUCCACUGGGAGUUCUUCAAGGCCAUGCAGCGAGGUUCUGGGUAAGAGCAGGGAGGAGAUUGAAGCUCAGCGAAGGGCCAAACUUUGCGGGACGAGAGUGGGCAAGGCCAUAGCAGCAAGAGGUUCACCCCGAUCCUCCCCAACCCGCCGACAACUGCUGCUUGCACUGCCAGGCCUCCACAGGAUGUCCUACAGCUGUACAUGGAGCUGCAAGAGAGGAAGAUGAACAUGUGGGCCCCAGCAGAAAGCCCUGGAGGAGAGGGAAGAUAGAGGCCAUUACAACCUGGCCCAGGCCAUCUCCAGCCUCGCUCAGAAGAACAGCACACAGGUGUCCAAGGACGGACUCUAGGCAAGAAGAGACGUUGUUUUCUAUCCACAAAAGCUUUUAUCAUACUGCACGAGGAAAACUGAGUGUGUUUGUUAGAAAUGUUUUUAAGGCACAUUUUUAACUAUUACAGUUUUUAAGAUUAGUUUGGCCAGUCUGAACCAGUUUACCUCAUCAAAUUUGAGUGCAAGAAAAAAAAUAUUUUUUUAACUUAAAAACAGGCACCCUGCCAAACUGCACCAGUUAUUUAUAUAAAAUGCCAACAAUCUAUGCAAAAGUAGAACAUGUUAUUUUUUUAUGCAGGCACCGGAAGUGAACACAGUCAAAGGGAAAUUAUCACAACAGUAUUCAUUGGCACAUUUGUACCAUUAAUGUAUUAAUAAUAUACACUUUGUCAGUAUGCACAACUUCACUUUGUAAUGUAUUCCAAUAAACAAUCCUGCAAUAAUUACUAUAGUUUA